CCAAAGUUUGAGGAUGUAUAUGGUAAACCUUUUGUGGGUUUUGAUGGAGAUGGAGAAGGCUACCCUGGAAAAUUUCUCUUCUUUUCGCUUUUUGAUCUUGAUAAAGAGUUAAAGCAUAUUGGACUUACAGAUUGUAAGCACAUGGAAAACAUGGUAGAUGUGGCUCUCGAUAAAUACAACGAGAUCAAGAGUUCCAAGCUAAAGUGGAGAGGAAGUGUAUGGAAAGGAAAUAUCAUGGCAUCCUUUGCAGGCCAACUCCAAAAGCAA